AUGAUCGACAGCGAUCAGUUUGAAAUAGUUGACGAAUUUGUCUACUUUGACUCACUGAUAACGGUGUACAAUGAUACCAGCCGUGAGAUUCAGAGGCGUAUUAUCGGAGCUCUUGUCGUGUUUGAAGUGUCAUUGGUUCACGGAUUGUCCGAACGAUUGUCCGAUAACGAAUACAGCAAUUCCACAAAAGUUCUAACACGACGCAAACGAUAUUUAAUUUUUCGGGACAUAUCCAGAGGAUUUGCACGUUGCAACGUCAAGGAUCGAGCGAUAGACAGCACAAAUAUCUGGGCCCAAGGCGUCGGAUAUCGUUGGAAUGUAGAAUUCAACAACCCACCUGGACUAAGGAUCACUAAACGGGAUCUACAUAAUAGUAUUGACGAAAUGAUUCAAUCUCAUGACUUUGAUGGACGGGCGUGCAUUUUGAGAGCGUUUUGUGAAAUUUCAAAAUCCAUGACGCCCAAAAGUGGCAUAUUGUUCAAACUGUUUAAAAAAAUCUUCGCCCACUCUUCACCAAUUGAUGAAAGUUCCACUGAUUCUAACAGUUUACCCGAGGGCGAUGAGCUAUAUUUUCCGUUUCUGAAAUCAACCGAUUGUGUGGAACUCGACCAACAUUGCCCGAUAUCACAUCUGGCGCUGCCGGAUGGUAGCGAAGUGCGAUAA